CGCCUACGCCCUGCAGCCUGUUUGGGAAACCCCGUUGCACGGAGAGAAGGUCCUUUUUCGUUGUACGGCCGCUGAGGGAAGGUGCUGGUGGAUUGACUUUCAAAAUGCAGAUUUUUGUAAAAACCCUAACGGGGAAAACGAUAACCCUCGAGGUUGAAUCCUCGGAUACAAUUGAAAAUGUUAAGGCUAAGAUUCAGGACAAGGAAGGUAUUCCUCCUGAUCAACAGCGACUGAUCUUUGCUGGGAAACAAUUGGAGGAUGGCCGUACUCUUUCUGAUUAUAAUAUCCAGAAGGAAUCAACUCUACACCUUGUGUUGAGACUGCGUGGUGGCGCAAAGAAGAGGAAGAAGAAGUCAUACACCACCCCAAAGAAGAACCAGCAUAAGAGGAAGAAGGUCAAACUUGCUGUCCUUAAAUAUUACAAGGUUGAUGAAUAUGGGAAAAUCUACCGUCUACGCCGUGAAUGUCCUUCAGAGGAAUGUGGUGCUGGUGUGUUCAUGGCCAGCCACUUCAACAGGCAAUAUUGUGGAAAGUGCUGUUUAACAUACUGCUUCAACAAGGCUGAAGAUGCAUAAUUGUAUUCACUUUAAUAAACAAUGAUAGAAAAUUA